UCUUUUGUCCUAUAGUUAUUGGCAUUGUGAGUAAAUCCCUGGAAGCAAUAUUUGUAGCCAGCUGUCUAUGAUCAGUUUCAGUUCCAAUUGUCUUUGAUUGAUCUUUGGUUACUUAUCAAAAAAAAAUUAUUCAGUUCUAGUUUGUUUCCAGUUUUAAUUGGCUUCAAUUUUGAUAUGUGAGGAUGGACCCUGGAGAAGACAUGUUUGAUAACAAAACCUUUCAAAAAGGGAACUUUUGAAAGGAAAGAAUAAAGAGGCAAAAGAAGUAAAGACAGAGAGAAAGGAAAAAUAAGGUGGAGAAGAAGGAAAGAGCAAAAACCCAUAAAGAUGACGCUUCCAUCAUUGAUGAUCAUAAUCCAGUUCUUUCCUUAUCACGCAAGAGGCCUCGAGUUUGAUCAGCUAUUACAGAUUUUGGGCGUCUAGAAAUAAACAAUAAGAUCAUACUUAACUGUUGGAACUUGGAAGUUCCUUUCAUGGUAUCAUGCUUAACUCAUGACAGCCUGACGCCCCUUGUUGUCAUCUGCAAUUCAUUCUGCCGUUUAAGCCUCAAACUGAAGCAGGGGAUAUUAAAUGAUCAGUUUUCUCAGAUUCAGACUUUGAAAAGUGUGGAGGAACCCGAGCAUGUUGUGCAGUUGAUUGAUACAUACUUCACUGAUGUUGAAACAAUCUUAUCAGAGCUUACAAUCUACAUUGAUUAUCCUGAUUUCGAUUUCUCUAAGUUGGCUGCACUGGCUCACAAAAUAGAGGAGAGAAGCUUGAGCAUUGGUGCUGAGCAUGUGAGACUUGCAUGUGCUGAUCUCAUUCUGGCUUGUAAUCAGAUGAACAAGGAAAAUUUCUCAAAAGCCUUAAUUUGGAUAAAGAAUGAAUUUUCUAACACCCGAAACAAGCUGGAGGCCUAUAUUCAGAUGGAGCGGAGGAUUAUCAGACUCAAGAGCAGACAACAAAACUGAUAUUGUGUGCCAUCAAAUUCUCCAAGUUUUAUGAGAGAGAGUUCUAUUUCCUUGUGGAUGUAAGGUUUGAAAUACUUUAUAUUAAGUUUUUGAUAAUCGCUGAUUCAUCUACAUGGUUGCAUGUGUUCUCAAGGGAUGCUAUAAACAGAAGCUUUAUCUGCAAUUAAGCUUUUGCUGUUAAUGAUGAUGAUGAUGAUGAUGAUGAUUGUUCUUCAUCUUAGUUUCCAAAAACAAAUCUACUCGGCCAUUACAUACAGCAGCAUCAUAAGCACUGCUCUGGGCCUUUACUAGCAUGACAUCACAUCGAGAAUUGAAAAUUCAUGAAGUUCCUUGUUUUGAUUGCUUGGGCGUGCAACUGUUAGCUGCUGGAAGUUGCUUAAUACAAUUGGCCUACGUUGCUUAAUUGCUAGUUUCCUUUGGUGGAUAAACCAACCAGUCAAGAACCCUAUUAGGCCUUAACUGUAAUGUGCAGUUCAUGUAAGCGUGUGUUAGAGGCGUCUGUUAAGUUAAAAUUUUGAAUUUAGAUUGAUAAUAACUUCAAUAAGGACCUGGUGUAAACCUGGUCCUUUACAGCCACGUCAGCUUGGAACACCAAAAUGUAUAUGGCCGUACACACUUGAUCAUCUCUAUUCUACAAACCCCAUCUCCUAGCCAUUUUAACUUGAAGAGAGCACAACACCUAUUCAGAUUGUUUUGUUUUGUAUUGUUUUUUUCAAUUCGUUUCAAAUUAUUUUGUUGGUGGAGCAUG